AAAUCUAGGUAGUUCUAACUAGUCACUAUUUUAUACAUGUAAAUCUAGGUAGUUCUAACUAGUCACUGUUUUAUACAUGUAAAUCUAGGUAGUUCUAACUAGUCACUGUUUUAUACCUGUAAAUCUAGGUAGUUCUAACUAGUCACUGUUUUAUACAUGUAAAUCUAGGUAGUUCUAACUAGUCACUAUUUUAUACAGUCAUGUAAAUCUAGGUAGUUCUAACUAGUCACUGUUUUAUACAUGUAAAUGUAGGUAGUUCUAACUAGUCACUGUUUUAUACAUGUAAAUCUAGGAAGUUCUAACUAGUCACUGUUUUAUACAUGUAAAUCUAGGUAGUUCUAACUAGUCACUGUUUUAUACAUGUAAAUCUAGGUAGUUCUAACUAGUCACUGUUUUAUACAUGUAAAUCUAGGUUGUUCUAACUAGUCACUGUUUUAUACAGUCAUGUAAAUCUAGGGAGUUCUAACUAGUCACUGUUUUAUACAUGUAAAUCUAGGUAGUCCUCACUAGUCACUAUUUUAUACAUGUAAAUCUAGGUAGUUCUAACUAGUCACUGUUUUAUACCUGUAAAUCUAGGUAGUUCUAACUAGUCACUGUUUUAUACAUGUAAAUCUAGGUAGUUCUAACAAGUCACUGUUUUAUACAUGUAAAUCUAGGUAGUUCUAACUAGUCACUGUUUUAUACAUGUAAAUCUAGGUAGUUCUAACUAGUCACUAUUUUAUACAUGUAAAUUUAGGGAGUUCUAACUAGUCACUGUUUUAUACAUGUAAAUCUAGGUAGUCCUAACUAGUCACUAUUUUAUACAUGUAAAUCUAGGUAGUUCUAACUAGUCACUGUUUUAUACCUGUAAAUCUAGGUAGUUCUAACUAGUCACUGUUUUAUACAUGUAAAUCUAGGUAGUUCUAACUAGUCACUGUUUUAUACAUGUAAAUCUAGGUAGUUCUAACUAGUCACUGUUUUAUACAUGUAAAUCUAGGUAGUUCUAACAAGUCACUGUUUUAUACAGUCAUGAAAAUCUAGGUAGUUCUAACUAGUCACUGUUUUAUACAUGUAAAUCUAGGUAGUUCUAACUAGUCACUGUUUUAUACAUGUAAAUCUAGGUAGUUCUAACUAGUCACUGUUUUAUACAUGUAAAUCUAGGUAGUUCUAACUAGUCACUAUUUUAUACAUGUAAAUCUAGGUAGUUCUAACUAGUCACUGUUUUAUACAGUCAUGUAAAUCUAGGUAGUUCUAACAAGUCACUGUUUUAUAUAGUCAUGAAAAUCUAGGUAGUUCUAACUAGUCACUGUUUUAUACAUGUAAAUCUAGGUAGUUCUAACUAGUCACUGUUUUAUACAUGUAAAUCUAGGUAGUUCUAACUAGUCACUGUUUUAUACAUGUAAAUCUAGGUAGUUCUAACUAGUCACUGUUUUAUACAGUCAUGUAAAUCUAGGUAGUUCUAACUAGUCACUAUUUUAUACAUGUAAAUCUAGGUAGUUCUAACUAGUCACUGUUUUAUACAUGUAAAUCUAGGUAGUUCUAACUAGUCACUGUUUUAUACAUGUAAAUCUAGGUAGUUCUAACUAGUCACUGUUUUAUACAUGUAAAUCUAGGUAGUUCUAACUAGUCACUAUUUUAUACAGUCAUGUAAAUCUAGGUAGUUCUAACAAGUCACUGUUUUAUACAGUCAUGUAAAUCUAGGUAGUUCUAACUAGUCACUGUUUUAUACAUGUAAAUCUAGGUAGUUCUAACUAGUCACUGUUUUAUACAGUCAUGUAAAUCUAGGUAGUUCUAACUAGUCACUAUUUUAUACAGUCAUGUAAAUCUAGGUAGUUCUAAGAAGUCACUGUUUUAUACAGUCAUGUAAAUCUAGGUAGUUCUAACUAGUCACUGUUUUAUACAUGUAAAUCUAGGUAGUUCUAACUAGUCACUGUUUUAUACAUGUAAAUCUAGGUAGUUCUAACAAGUCAGUGUUUUAUACAGUCAUGUAAAUCUAGGUAUUUCAGAAAAAGAAAAGAACUUUUUUGUAUAGUGAUUUAAGGGGAAGGUAGCCAAAUUAAGAUACAUUUAGCAUGAUGUUUAGUUUAGAAUUUGUUGUUAGCUCACUUGAGCCAUAAACUCAGGUGAGCUUUUCUGAUUAACUGGUGUUCAUUGUCUGUCUGUCCAUUUGCCUGUCUGUCCCUGUCUGUCUGUAAAUGUUACACAAUUUUUACCUCAGAACCAUUGAGCUAAGUUCAAAGUUGCCAUAAGUCAUCCUUGGCUAAAGGAAAUGCAAAAUUGUUCAAGUGAAGGGUCACACCCAUGUCAAAGUGGAGAUCAUUCAUAAAUAGUGAAACUAUGGUAGCAUUUUUCUCUUAAGAACCACUGUAGCAAUUAAAAUCAAAGUACUGAAGGUACUGAAACGAGGUGACGUUUGGCAGUGAAUGGCAUUGAUUCUAAUGCAAGAUCGAAUUAAAUGAAGGAUAUAAUAUGUUGGAUGGUAUUAUUUGUAAUCCAGAAGCAUAUGUUAUACCUUCAAUUUGAGGUAAUGAAAUGUGUUAACUGUUGAAACAUUCUAAAACUGAGUAGCAAGCAUAAUUAACCUAUAUGUGAGGAAGAGGCCCAUAGGCCACAAUGCACAUCUGACCUACCAAGGAUGUGCUUAGUAGGAAGAUUUUUAAAAAUGUGGUCCCAUCCAACCCCUUGGAGUCGUAACUAAGACAAACUUGAAUCUAGACUAACUAAGGAUGCUUCCAUAUAUCAAUAUUUUUAAUGAUGCCUUUGCUGUUCUUGAGAAGAUUUUUUUUUUAAAAUCCUAUAUAUUUCAUUGUAAAGUAUUGAUCCCCAAUUGUUGGCAUACCCUACCCCUGGGGGUUAUUACUUGAACAUACUUGAAUCAACACUAUGAAACGAAGGUUUCACAUAAGUUACAGUGUUUUUUACUCUGUGGUUGUUGUUGAGAUUUGUAAAAAAAAAAAAUGUGACAAAAUUUUCACUAAUUCUUGGGUAUUUCCGCUUAAAAGAGUUCAUAUGAACAAAAUUGAUUGUAUUUCCCGUGCAUAAACUGGUAAAGCAGACACAUGAAGCAACUGGUUUUGAAUCCAAACAUUUUUGGGCAAGUCCUCUGGGUUAAGAUGUUCAUGUGGACAGGCCUGUCUUGCAUGCUUGUAUAAAACAUCACCUUUUUCGAGAACAAAAUGAAUAUCAUUCGCAUCCCAAUCUCCAAACAAUUUUUGGUUAACUGCAUUAAAUGCAAUGCACACAAGUGAAUUUGCUACACAUUGUUUACCUCUGCUAUAUUCGGAGAAAGUUUCUGACCCUUGAUGAAAGUUGGCAGACACGCAUUUCAAAAUUAUGGGAUCUUUUCUUACAUUGUGACUUUUUCUUUUUUUGACAGAUUUGGGCUCUCCCUUUGAUGACUAUCAAAAUCAUGAUUUUUUUCUUUUUUUGCUACCCUUCAUAUCUGAUGACGACAACAACUGUCAACUCUUGAAAUAACUCAUUCAAUUCUUGAGUCAAAGUUAAACCAGUCCAAGAAAAUUUCCACUCUUGAAAUAUCAACUCUUGAAAACAAGUGUCAACUCUUGAGAUAAUUCAUUCAACUCUUGAGAUAAAUCAUAUUUCGUGACAAAGAAAUGUAAACUUGAUUUCCAAUAUAUUACUUCCAAUGGAGUUCUUUUCUUGAAUAACAAAUAUAUUCACAAAAACAUGUUCAUUUAAAUUUCUUAAUCAAUGUUUACAGCUAUCUGACUUGACCAUGAAAGAGCGCGGGAAAUGGCGCUCGGCCCAUUCGAUCGAAGAUUACAUGUUUACACCCAGAUUUAGUAUUAAAAUCUCAAAAAAUGCGUCCAAAAGAAAUAUUUUGGUAAAAUUGUACGAAAUUAACACAUUGGGUUUCAGAUAAUUAUCUUGAGUUAAUGCGUUGGCAAGAAUAUAUCAGUUCUCUCAGGCAAGACGUUUUCUCCUUGUUGAUAAAUAGGAUAGCGUGGCGCGUAUGGAUACAGAGAAAUAGUGCAGAGUUUAAUAUUAAAAUUCUAAUUACACACAAUUUCUGCUUGAUAAAUACAACAGAUCACAUACAAGGAAGACUUCUUCAAUCUGACAUAAAACAGAAUUUAUAUAUAACAGUUUAAUAAAAAUGGAACAUAGUAUCAAUGUGAACUAUUUUUUGAUAGGCGAUAAAUCGGCUAAUUAACAUAAUUUUCAGACAUAAGAGGAGACAGCUGUUUACCCAGAAUUCCUAGAGAAUAAUAGACCAUGUUUUCCCUGUCUAUAUGUGAAAAUGCGAAUGAAUACAGAAGCAAUGCAAAUCGUUUCCUACAGUCCAAUUCUGUUUUUCUAAGAUCGUGGAAUAAAAUGUUGGCAAACGACAAAUAAUUUUGAUCUUGUUUACAAACCUAAACACUAAUUCGCGAUUCCUUUUGAUGUGUGGACUUUGUUUCAUAUCGAAGGGAUAAAAAUUGCGAUUUCAUAAAUUCUUAUUUAACUCGCUUAUCGUAGAGGGUAAACAUAUGGAUCCUAUAUCAAUCUCAAAGUGAAUUGUGACAGCUUUUACGUUGCAUUAGCAUAUGUGACAACAAAUUUCUUAUAUUAAAAAUCAAAGUGAUUUCGCAAAUGGUAGUGAUUAAAACAGGGCGCCAUUGAAGCUGGGGUCUGACAUACGAGGCUGACUUACGUCACCUCGAAAAAAUGAAGACAAAACUUAUGUGAAAGCUUCCUUAAUGAGUACUAGAUCAAAAAUUGGUUCAAAUUAAGGUAUGGAGGGGGCACAUUUUGGUGACACAGGUGAGCUUUGUGGCCCAUGGGCCUCUUCGAAAUUUAUUAAUAAGGAUUUUGCAUGAUGUUUUCAAAAUAUUACUGCUUUAAUUUUUUAAUCAUUAUUAGUUUAGUAUUGUACAAGCAGUUAUGCAAUAUAGAUCUCCAUAAAUAAAGUCUUAACUUUUUAAGAAUUGAAUUAAAUUUGUUGAAUAAGUUUUAUUGAAUUAUGUACUAUAGAUUGCUAUCCAACCUUAUUCAGAUUUCAUGUGGAUGCCUUUUUAGCUUUAUUGAAAUGUACAAAAAUAUAUUGCAUUCAAGAGUCUCGCUCAAACUCUUAAAACUUGAGGUAUUGAUAUAUUUCAGAUAUGGUCAUACAAAUAUAGAAGAAACUAUCAAGGAUAAAGAUGUAGAGUUGGAGGGCAUCAGAAAAUCUAGUGUGUGUUCUGUUUCAAGAAAACCAAUGCGAAAAAUACACUGCACAAAAUAUAAGCAGAGCAUAAGUACUAUGAAAAAUGACAAUAUUGAACCUUCAGAAGAGAUCAACUGGGUUAGCAAAUGCACAGGAGCAAAUGAUGAUGCAACUUGUUCUUCUGAAAUUAAUACAGAUUUCAUCUCAAGAAAUGUAAACAGCAUUGUGAAAACUGUUAGAGACAUUAUGAACUGCAGCUUAACCAAAUGUGAUGAGGUUGAACAUAAGCGGCAUCAUCAAUUCAUGAACAACCCUGAAAAGGUUUACAGGGACAAUUUUGUAAAAUAUUGUUUUGGAGCCAAUUAUAUUCAACCCGAGGAAUUAGAAUACCUUCAACAUUUUCUUUAUGAAAUGAUGUGCACCAGCAAAUUUUUACCAGGAUCUAUUUUCUCCCGUUACUCCACAUUUGUUGACUGCAAAAAUGAACAACUCGAGCAAAUCUUUAUUGUUUAUCCUUUAAUGGGACAUCAGUACUUAAAAUUUGUUGUUCUGAAAGAGGCCAUGAUACACUUAGUUUGCAUAAGCACUGGACUCCCUUAUGAAGAGGAAAAUGAAAGAUGCAUUAAAACAGAAAUGUCUGUAGCUGAAUUUAGAUGUGGCGCUAACUGAAAUUCAAGGAAGUUAUGGAUAAUUUUUUCGAUUUUGAGGGGAUGUUAUUUUCCAGAGAAUAUCUUAAAAACAGUCUACAGAUUUGAUUCAAACUUUGUAUAUAUAGUAUGUGUAUAACUAAGUUGUGCACCUGUAAUUUUUAUUGAGAUAAUUUAACAUUAAAGGAAGUUAUAGAUA